AGAAAAUUUCCUUCUCUGUGACAAGAAGCUGAUUGUUUUGUUUACCUUACGAUUGGACCAGUUCCUACAAAGUUACUCACAACUUCCUGCAUCAAAUAAUUCUUCCCGGGAAGCUGAGUUUUCUCUUGUUCGAAGGAAUUCUCCUUGAGGGUUAAAUUUUGGCUGGUCAUGCGCUUCAAGAUUUCCUAAAUCUAGAACGUGACACUCGGCGUUCCGGUGUUCUCGCGCAUUUUCCAUAUCAACUCAUUUUUAGAAGCCUACGUUUUCGAUUUUCACUUUAAUUUCAGCGAAAUUCGAAGGGUAAAUUCCGUAUAUUAAGAACAUCCGUGUAAGAACUAGAUGGAAGCUAAAACGCCGCUGGAAGUUUUCAACCAUUGUGGCAAAUCGAUCUUCCGGCGGUAAGAGCGUUUUGCUUCGCAAAAAGACUAAAACGCUGGAACUCUAGGAAUAACUUUACUUUACACAUUACGUCAGAAACGUUUUCUUGGCUUGAAGAGUGGAUUUGAAAACUUGCUGGGGACUUUUGAGGCUAAUCACGAGACAUGGUUUUCUCGUGAUGAAAUAACAGAGCUGACAGACCUUUGGACAAUGGAACAACGAUGACAUGACAGUUCACUGAGUAGAGAUGGAAAUUGACGGAAGAAAUUUGUCUUGUAAACGACAGAGGUCAGUUAAUUAUUUUCUGUAAAAGGAAAAACUCUCUUCUGACGAUUCUUUCUUUCUUAAAGGAUAUUUAUUUUUAAUGUAGCAAAUAAUUGGCCGAUGGUUUAUACUGUAUAAUUUUAAUUUUAGCUAUUGUGCAUUCUUAGCAUACAUCCGCAGUAACCACAGUAAUGAAUCCUAGAGUUAUUUUACUUAACCUGUAAAAUAAGUAUAAGAAUACUACACAAUAUUAUGCACUAAUUCCAUUGACCCCCUUUGUUUUCUUGUGGCUAUUUUUCACUAGUUGUUAGUAUCUGUUUCACGGGAUAAGUAAAUCACUCUAGAGCAACGAUAGUUUACUUCUGAUAUAGAAGUGAUACUCCUUUUUUUCUCAAACGAGUGUGAGAUUAAAGAGCUAGUAUUUAAUUUAAUGUUUUAAAUAAUCAACCUUAUAGUUUAUAUACAUAAAUCCAUAACUUUCAUAACAAUAGCACUGGCAGUAUCUUUCUGCUUUUAGUUUUACAGUCGACAGAUUUCGUAAUAAAAAUUUUUGAUUGGUCUGUGCAAGUUAACUCAUCUUUAACUUUUGUAGGACGUAUAAUCUUAAUUUUGUUUUUUGUUUUGUUUUUGUUUUUGACUUAUCAGUCAAGUCGCUAUUAUUUUUUUUCCUAGUUUUUAAGUUAAGCUUUGUUAAACAAUAUUAUUGGUCAGAUAUAUAUAUAUAUAUCUACACAUGUUCGUCGGUAAUUUGUCUAAGUCAUUAUGCAGUGAUAUUUAUAAAUUGCAAAUGUUGUGUAUAAUAUAUUGUACCAUACCUGUCACUUUAGAGGUUACUUUGCUUCUGUAUGUAGGCAUGAGUGUAUAUGUUACAGGUCAAAUUAUAUAUUAGUAAGGGUAAAAAUUUUUAAAUCUUGGUUGAUUCUCAAUUUUCUUUGUCUCUUAGCCCUAAUUAUUCAAAGGAAAUAGAGUCAAUCAACCUUAAAAGGUUGAAAAAUUUAUUCCUGAAAUUAUUUUAUUUUGACUGGUAACAUACACAUAUUGUAAAAGAAACUUAAAAUGCAGACAGGGGUGUAUUAAAGUUCUUAGAAAACAGCUGUUCCUAGGAUUCAACCUGUAUUGCAUAUAGAUUUCUGUGUAUCAAGACAGUGAUAGUGAAGUUUACAAUUCUUGGAAAAGCAGAGAGUCAUUUGCUAAAAUAACAUGCUAUUAUCAUUGCAAUAAUUGUUAACCAUGAAACUGAAAGAAAGUAUUAGAAAAAUUACCAUGGUUAUUUUCUAAAAUGAUGAUAUUGAAAUAAUCUCCUGAUAAAAGAAUACAGUGUAUAAAAUGCUGGGUUCUAGAAUCAUUUGUGAUAAAUUAACAGUAAAACGGAAUUUAUGAUUGAAUGCCAAGGUGCCUUAAUGACAAAACGUUAUAAACUUGAUUCAAAACAUAUAUAUUACUUUGUGCUCCCUGAAGGUCAAAUGUUUUAUUCAUUUUUUAUGUCAACAGAUUUAGAUAAGCUUUCUUGAGAAGGCUAAACCAAGUCUACAUUAUGUCAACCCCAAAGACUUCUAUUACCAAUCAUUAUUUGUUGGAAUCCGAACUUUCACCGAAAGUUAAUAUUGCCAUGUCUACAGAAGAGAUACCUGCCAACGGCAAUGCACAUAACUCAGAGCAGGUAAGAAGGAUGAUAAGAGAUAAAAUGUCCAGGUUUUUUACUAUAUCUUUACAGUGUUUUAACUACAACUGUACUGUAACUUAUUUUUGGGAUUAAAUCUAAACUCUUGUGCUUUCCUUGAAUUUUCAUGAAAAAAAAAACAGCACUGUGGUGUGCAUGUAAAGUUGGGUACAUGUAUAUAUGCAUGUGUGUUGUUAAUAUAAAUUGUUGCAGUAGAACUACCUAUUUUAAGAUGACUUAUUAAUAACUGUGACAUAAUAUGGGUGCAGUAUUGAUCCUGAACAAAUCAGUUUAAAAAAAUUCAAAAUUGUGACCUCUCACGCAACAACAUGCCUAAUGGCUUUCCGUUUACAAGCUGCUUGUCAACCGUUCGAAUGGCUUGGUCACCCAUUUACUAGAAACAUCAACCCAUUCGAACUGCUUCGUCACCCACUCAUUAAAAACAUCAAACUGUUCGAACGACUUAGUCAUCUGUUCAUUGAAGGCGUCAGGCCGUUUGAACGACUUGGUCACCCAUUCGCUGAAGACAUCAGGCUGUUUGAACAACUUGGUCAUCCGUAUAAUGUCAUGGCAUCCCUUCAAAUUUUCUGUCAAAUGACGUGGAAGACGAGUAAAACAAUCCGUUCAAAAUAUUUCACUCGUUCAAGUAGUCUGUUAAUUCCAUGUUAACAAGAUCUGUUCGACCUCAUUGACACAAGUUUGUCGGCUUUAAACUCUUAUUUUGGCCUUAUUAAAACAACGCGCUUACACUUGUGAUCGUUCAGUAGAUGUUUUUUUUCUCCAGAUGUAGCAAACUUAUGAGCUUUUCGGCAGAGAUGAUUCCUUAUCAGACGAAAAAUCUAAGCUAAAGAUAUCAUAUGUAAACAAAGCGUUUCAAAAGAAACCCUCCCAACACUUUUGCUUUCCGCAUAUAUACAUUACAAACGAAAUAUUUUUUGUCAACGACUUGUUCUACAUAAAAAAUAAAAUUGGACAGUUCAGACAAUGCGGCGUUCGAUCUCCAGGUUUAUCAGACGAUGAAUUGAAGCCAUAUGGUUAAUCCAGAAACACCUAUACCAGUUAUAACAAUGAGCAACUGUUGCAUUUUCAAUGCGAAAACCAAAGCAUACACAAAAGGUUUAAUAUGUUUUUUUUUUUUUAAAAAUAGCCUAAUAAAUAUAAUGCCAUAAUUAUGCCAAGAUUCACGUAUUUAAAAUACUCAAAUGAGCAUUAUGUAAGGGAAUAUUUGAAAAAUAUGUAUUGAAGUUAAAAAUGCAUUCAGUUAAAUGGAGCCAACUAUUAUAUUGUAUAUAAUUAUAAAAAAUAUAAUACAUUUGUGAUAUACAUACAAACUAAGCAAUAAAAGCACCAGUAUCGAUAAAAAAACAUCAAAUCAUCGCACCAUGAUAUAGUAUUUGACUUUCCUUGAUCUUAGCUUUGUGCCAACUGGUUUUUAUUAAUUAUUGAAUUUAUUGUUAAAGACUUGGCAAAAGGGGUAAGGAAAGGCAGAUACAUGUAUGAUUGUACAGUGUAUUAAUUUGCUGCCACAGGAGUGGCUCAAAGUUGUAGCUCAAUCUUGCUGACUUUAAUUUUUAGUGAUGAGGGACAGGACUAGUUAGUAAAAAUUCAAGCUUAGAUCUAGUUGUUUUUUUUUUUGUAAACAUGCAAUAGAAAACAGUAUGCUACAAAAUGAAACCUUUGAGCAGUACAAUAUUUUUUUUUUGCAUUUUUAAUUUGUACGUUGAUGAAAAUAAUUAGGAAAUUGUCAUGCCUACUGUUAACCCUUUAAGUCCCAAUAGUGACCAACAGCAAUUUUCUCCUAACGAUGUCCAUACAUUGUCAUGAGGUGAGGUUAUGAGAAUUAAUAAGAUGAUCACCUAAGGGAAAAUGCUUUGAUCUUUUAUCAAUUUCUCUUAACUAAUUCUUAAAGGGAAUGUAUAGAGAUCAGUUUGGAGAAUGUGUAUGUGGAUAUUGGGGCUUAAAGGGCUAAUGCAUACAAGUUUAAUAAAAACUGUCUAGUAACAUUUGUCGCUGAAUUUCAGGCUGUUUCACAUGGAAUUCUCACCUUAUUUAAACAAAGAGUGCACUACAUACCAGUAGUGUUUACAUUUUAAUCAACACUUUCAUUUUGUUACAUUCAUUGCAGAUAAACAAAUUGGUUGCUUAACAAUAUUAAUCGUGACAGCCAAUGCAAAAAACAUUUAAAAAUGCUCCAAAAUUCAAUAAUUUAUUGCUAUUGGUACAUGUAACUCUCUGUUCCUUCUGAAUGGAAGACUUCAUCAGCACAAAGGUAGAAGAGGUUUAUUUGAAUCAGGUUUCAGUCUUGUUAAAAAUUCCAAGACAAAUUUAGACCCUUUCACAGUUUUUUCAACUUUUGGCUGGGACCAGCAGGCGAAAAUCCAUCAGUGUAGAUGCCUGGAUAAUUGCUUACUAUAAUUUUUUUGAUAAAAACUUUAAAAAAACAUGAUGGGGUUUAUUUCAUUGUGAUGUUGAAUCCUUUUUAACUCAAACUUAAAAUAAUACUUUUUGUCAGUCUUCAGAAGAAGAUGAGGUUGAUGCUACUGAAUUGAAGAAGUUUGAUGCAGCUUUAUUUGAUAUCCAGAAGGUUCCAUCAGAGCAAUUUGCUGUAAGUAUUAAUUGUCAAGGUUUUUAGUUUAGUUGCUGAUUUCUAAACAAAAUGACCAAUAAAUAAUUAUUAAUCUUUGAAGGGUACUAAUACUAAUAUUGUCCCGUGUGCUUUGUUAUUGACUGCUAAAUUUCCCUUCCAAAUUGUUUUGUAUUAAACGUGCAUGUGAAACAGAUUUAGAAUUUAACAUUACAUACAUUAAGAGUCGUUCUCUGACUCUAAACAUCUCUUCAGUUGAAGUGGUGUGCAUGGGGUUUGGGUAUUUUAAGACCAUUAACAUCUUAUUUGUCUAAUAUAAAAAUCUCCCUUUGAUUGACAUGGAUGUACAAGGCAAUGAUUAAUUUAAAAGAAGAAUCUCAACAUAUAUCAAAAGUUGCUUGCUUUAUUAAGGGCUUCUAUUUUUUUUGUUAUCAGUAUGUAAUUCAGUUUUAAGAAUUAAAGAGAAAUUUAUUUUUAUUUGAAGCCUGUAGGAUUAAUUUGACUCAGAUAACAGACAAGUAAAUUCCAUUUAUCAGGUAUUUCACAAAGUUCUAAUUCACUCAGCAGAAGUUUGAUUUGUUGUCCUUCUUUUUCAUUUUUUUCUUACAGCAACAGCUCACUAUCUUAGAUCUGGCUGUGUUCAAGUCAAUUCAACCAGAUGUAAGUAUCAGAUCAGGUUCUCCAUACCUGGGCACAGGAUUUUGCCUGGCUAUACAAAAUGUGCAGUGACUCCUUCAGUAGAAAUCCAAGAAUAAAAUGACAGUACUGACAGUGCCAUAAGCACACAAUAUUUUAAGCAAUUUACUAUGUGCUUGCAAAGCUAAUGAGACAGUUUUCUUACACAAAUUAAGAAUUUGUUCAUGCUUAGCGUGCGUGUAUCAAGUUAUGGAUGCACGCGGGAAGUUUGGAGAGCACGAAAGAUGCGUAAGAGUUGCAUGAGGCGAUAGCCGAGUGCAACUCUAGCUUCUUGAGUGCUCUCCAAACUUCCCAAGUGCAUCCAUAACUUGAGAAAUGUACAGCUAAAAGCAUGAGCAAAUUCUUUUAUAACAUAGCUGACAAAAAUGCUUGCUUUUUGAUUAACUGCAAAAUUCUCGUAACGUGCGACACAAUAACAAACGGUUCUAUUUGCUGAUUAUGAACACACCACAAUCGUCUAGUUUGAAUGAAAAUAUUCUUUCUGUAAAAGUGAGAAAAAAAAUUUGCUUCUUUAUUCGUUAACGAUCAAUGGAAACUAAGCCUAAACAAAGGUAAAAGAGUCUUAAAGUUCACUUAAAGUUUUAAAAAAUCCUCCGUGACAUGUUCGUGAGAAGUCAUGGAGUAUGGUUGGGAUUUGCUGAAAAGAUGUUCACGUUUUGCUCGGCGAAAUCCGGAAAAGAUGUUUUUAGCGACGACGACUUCAUUUACGAACAUUGGCUGGUCAUUACGGCUUCUUGAGAAGACCUGGCAGCAGUUGUUUCUGUGAGUAAUAAAUUUAUGUCUCCUUGUGUAAUUUGUGUUGUUAUUGCGAGGGAAAUUUUCCUGCUUCAGUCGGAUUGUUCGGAGAUAACAAAGUGCAUAACAAAUUUAAAAACAACAAUAAAAACGGAAAUUUUGCCUUUAAAUGUUGUUGAUGACCAGUUGGUGUCUGUUCUGUUCCCAGUGAAUGUCUUUCGGCCAAAAUUUGCGGCAGCUGAUCUUCGACAAAUUUGUGAAACGCGCAACUUGCGAGUUUUUUUUAAUUCGGCUUUAUUUUUGCUGCUUGUUGGAUCAGGACCUAAAAGGUCAAUGCCGAUAGAAAAAUUGGCAGUUCUUCGCUCGUUUCUUACAUAUUUCAAAGAGAAGGAAAAGUGCACUGCAUCUUAAAAGGCGACAACUUUGCAGCCAGGUUAAAAAAUGCUUACGUCAUGUUAUUUACGCACGGGCGUGCGUAAAUAAAGAUUUUGUUCAUAGCGGCUCAAUAGGACUUAUAUAGGGCAAGCACGCGCGCUAUGUUAUAACACAAACUUUACUGUUUUUAAUGAGCAUCAAAGAUGUGAAGAUGGUAAGAAAUUUUUGGUGCCAGUUUAAAAAGGAAAUUCUUGACUUAUUUAGGACAUGUUUUACAUGCACUUGUAGAAAAGACAUGACAUCUUUUUUUUCUUUUCGGUAACUAUUUAAAUGGUACUUAAAUCAGCGGGGGUGAUAUUUGAAAGCACGAACUGAAGGCCUCUCGCAGUAAUCUUUUAAUAAAGAUAAGCUUUCAAUUUGAGAUAAUUAAUUCUAAUUUGAAUUUAUUUUUAGGAGUUAUCAGGCUGUGGUUGGACAAAGAAACUUAAGUAUGAACUUGCACCAAAUGUGGUAGCCUUCACUAAGAGAUUUAAUCAUGUAAGUUGUCGAAAUUGAUGUUUUACAUUGUACUUUAAAAUGAAUUUUAAGUGGAAUAAGGUAGACCUAAACUAGUUUUAUUUUAAUUUUUUCGUUGAUUAAAGUUGUUCAGAAUUUAUUUGUUACUAAUGAACAGUAUUUUGCCAAUGACUUAGAGAUAUUUUUAUCCAGGUGAAGAUUUAACCCCUUGCUGGAGUUAUAGAUGUCAUGAAAGUGAUGAUGUUAGUGCAAAAAAUUUUGAUAACCCUCAAAACAAAACCCUGGAAGGGGGAAGAUUUCACACUUUUUGUUACAUUAAUUUGCUGUAUGGUCACUGCAUUUUUUAAUAAUGCAAUGUUUAUGGAGGACACCAACAUAUGGCCGCCAAUAUUAUUUUUCUCUUUCUUAAGAUUAAAAGCAAGAUUAAUUUAUGUGACUCCUCAGAUUGAUUGAUUGAAUAGUAUAAAUUAAUGUUCAGGGCUGUCAUUACGUUUUGAAGCAGCUGUUGCAAAAAAAGAUUCACCCAUUACGGCCCUUAAUGACAGCUCUGAUGUUAAUACAAUAUUGGAGCAACACAUUGUUCAAAUAUCUUAAAAUUUAUAUCCCUCUGUUGAAUAGGUUAGCUUCUGGGUUGUCAGAGAAAUCCUUAAUGCCAACACACCAAAGAUCAGAGCUGCAGUUUUGACUCAUUUUAUUAAGAUUGCUAAGGUAAACUAUGAGUGUAUAUAGUUAUUUAGGUAUGUUGACGACGAUGAUGAUAGCUAUGACAAUAAAUGAUGAUGAUGAUGAUGGUGGUGAAAAUGGUGAUACUAACGAUAAUGGUAACAGCAAAAGUGUUACUGAUGAUCAUGAUAUAUGGUGUUGGUAUAUGGUGUUGAUAUAUGGUGAUGGCUGUAUGAUGGUAAUCAUGAAAAUGAUUGCAUUGUUGAUGAUGAUGUUUGUGGUGGUGAUGAUGAUGGUGUCAAUGGUGGCUAUGAUGACUGGGAAUAAUAAUGUUGACGAUAGUGGUGGUGAUGAUGGUGAUGAUGAUAAUGACAGUGAUGCGAUGAUGGUGAUGUUAAUAGUGGUGAUGAUGGGUUUGAUGUUGAUGUUGAUGAAAGAUGAAGCAAUAAUACACUGUCAUUGUAAUGGAGAAGAAAGGUGAAAAACAAUAUUCUCAGAUUCUUUUAAUAAGUUGUCAGUUUUUACCAUCUACAGCCUUUGCAUUAUUUAUCUCACAGAAACUACUGGAAAUAAAUAACCUACAUUCUCUCAAAGCUGUAAUAUCUGGUCUCCAAAGUGCUGCUGUCUUCAGGCUUGACAAAACUUGGGCAGUAAGUAUAAUAAAUCUCAGCUGUCUAGACAGUGGAUUUAUUACAUAAACUAAUAUUUCAUGUAAUAUAUCAUGUAAUAGAUUAGUGCAAGUACUUACAUUUGUAGGAAAGUAUCCCCAGUUAGCAAACUGUUAAGCUAAAUACAUUCUCUCAAAGCUGUAAUAUCUGGUCUCCAAAGUGCUGCUGUCUUCAGGCUUGACAAAACUUGGGCAGUAAGUAUAAUAAAUCUCAGCUGUCUAGACAGUGGAUUUAUUACAUAAACUAAUCUUUCAUGUAAUAUAUCAUGUAAUAGAUUAGUGCCAGUACUUACAUUUGUAGGAAAGUAUCCCCAAUUAGCAAUCUGUUAAGCUAAAUACAUUGACGCUAAAAUAAAGUUAUUAUUUAUUUAUUAUUUAAAUACAUCAUCUGCUCAUUGUACCUAUUAAAAACCAAUAAAAACAAAUUGCUGUAGUGUUAGUUUUAGGGGUUUUUCUGAUAACACGACAAGGAAAACCUAAUAGGAUAGUGUUCGUGGUGAGUUUCAAGAACCAAAAUUCGAUUUAUCGAGGUAAAUUUUGAUCAAGGAAAACAAUUUUUUUUUUUAGUUAGUGGGGGAUUCGAGUUAUCUGAGUUCGAAUUACCAGGGUCCUACUGUAUUCAUGAAUUGUACAUCUCUUUCUUUGUGCAUUGCAGUUGCUCCAAAGGAAGGAUCGUGCAGUGUUUGAUAAGUUGGCAGAUUUUCUUUCAGAAGAAGAGAACAAGUGAGUAGAAGCAUAGUAUUUUUUCAUUACUAAGUCACUAUUAUAUAUUGCAAUACUGUAAAUCCUGGUCAUAAGCCCCCCUCCCUCCUCCCUCAGUUAUAGCCUCAUCUGCUUAUUAAUUCCCCCACCCACCCCCACCCACCCCCUGUGGCCCUUGCCCGCAUUGAUAACCCUUGAGACAUGGUUGACAGUGCUACAACAUGUCAUGUAGGGUGCAAAGAAAGUCAGUUUGACAGCCUGCCAUUUGGGCAGGCUGUAGCUAGCAUGUAGUAGCCGACAAGUCAUUUCAACUGGCCCCAAAACCGCUUUUGAUUAGCAGGAUUGAUUACAAUCCUUCUGUAAUUUGAAUUUCCCCGAGAAAUAGCACUUGCCUGUCGGGCAAGUUAAGAAAAAAAUCACUAGCUUGAUAGCAAAAUCCACUAGCCCGCGCUAUCGGACACGACUUUCUUUGCGGGCUGUCAUGUUUAUAGAAUUUAAGUCUGUAUUCGGAGUAUGCUCUGAGAAGCGUGCUAAUAAACCUUGUUUUGUUGUUCAUUCUAGGAAAAACCUGAGGGAAUAUUUAAGUUCAGUUAAACUGCCCUGUAUUCCAUACAUGGGUAAGUGAAAAGACAGACCACCUCAUCAACUGCAGACUUCUUAAUAAAAAAUAUUUUUCACCCAGGACUAAAAUUUUUUUAAAUAUCUAAGACUCAGUGAAUUUUACAGUUAACCACUUGAUGCAUGGUCUGAUAUCUUCGAUCGCUGAUUUUACUACACCAUUCAGACUAUUAUAACUUAGAAACUGCAAGCAGUAGAUUCUCUUUGUGGAAGAGACAUGGUCAAAGAAAUUGAUGACUUUUGUGAAAAUGUACCCUUUAACAAUUGUUUUCCAGUAACGUAGUGGUAAACUUGUUUCAUGUAUUUUUAACAGGCAUGUACCUGACAGAUUUAACUUACAUUGACACAAUUCAUCCAAACACUGGAGGGCUGGAUGAUGCAAGAACUCGUAAGGUAAAAUGAAGGGAUAAAGAAAUCAUUUUGCAGUUCAAUGGUAGCUAAAUCAUUGUUCACGGUUUUGUUUUUGUCUUUCAGAUGAAUAAUGUUAUUCGACUAAUAUCCGAGUUCCAGCAGUCGGAUUAUGGUAAGGCUUCAAAUUCUCAGUUUUUGGUUUCUGUCGAUCAUAAAUAUGCAAACUCUAGCCUCCCACACAGACAUUCAUAGGGCUUUGUCACGUAUUGCUUCCCCAAGGAAUGAAUCUUUUAUGAGUGUUUCAAUCGUCUCUGCUAUAUUCCAACUUCGUGCCACCCAGCUUAAGCUAGUUCCUGUUAUUGAUCUUUUCUCUCUAUUUGUUUCAGAAAAUCUCGAGCCAUCCACUUACAUUCAAAGUUACCUAAGCUCUGUCAACUACAUUGAGGAACUGCAGAAGUUUGUGGAAGAUGACAACUACAAGUAAGAAAUAAUAAGAUCAGAGAUGGCUCAACUUGACCGACACUACGUAAAUAGAGUGGGAAUGGGCACAAGCUUUUGAAGCAAGGAUUUCUGUGAUCAUUUGGGUGAACAAGCGUUACUUAUGAUUGGUCAAUGGUAUCCAAAGGCAACCAUUAACCAAUCAUUGCUUUCAUUGUUCAUGCAAAUGAGCCUAGAAACCUUUGCAUAAACUGAUUGUAACCAUUCUCCUUGUAGUUUAUCAAAUGGUCAUGAAACACAGUUUCCUGGGCGUGUCACGAGAGAACUGCUGUUUUACCCGUAUACUACUUUUUAAAGCCGUUUUCUGGUCACAAUAUAGUCAAAAUAUACCAUAUUUUAACUUUCUGUGCAACCAGACAACUACACUUCCUUUCCUGCUCUGUACAAAUGUAGAUGCAAUCGUGUCUACACUAACUCAUCUUUGCUUUAUCAGAGGAAAUCUUCAUGAAUUUGGUCAAUAUGCUCUUAAUUUUAAUGUUUGGAGUGACUGGCAGACAAAUAUUGACUUUUUUGGUUGCAUGAAUUUCUCGAUUCAGAUUGUCCCUUCAAAUUGAGCCGAAGAACAGCAGUUCUAACUUGAAUUCCAAGGCUUCCAAGUCAAGGGAGAGUAUAAGUGGUAAGAAAGGCAUCAAUCAUACUCAAUCAAUCUACUAUGUUACAUAACCAUGGAAACGUCAAAGUUCAAAGUAACCGACCAUGACAGUUACUGAGAUGUUUACUUCGGGUUUUAGUCCAAUGAGAAACUAACCAAUCAGAAGGGUGGCUAUUAAAUUUCCUGCGAAAAAGACUCACGGCGCGCUGCUUGUAGCGCGGGAAACAAACUCAGUGCAACCCCUUUACCUGUUUACGAAAAACACCACCGUGGCGAGAAACGUACCGUGGGAGGAAGCUAUGAUUAUAUUGUCACAGUACUGGUCUAUGUUAGACUGUGUUGUCGUGGUUUAAGAUAAAAUAUUUGAGGGAUAAGGAGUGUUAAAACCUUGAUUUGUCCUUGUUUAGGUGGUUCAAAUUAUACAUUGGGAGUGGAUAUUUUGUGAUUAUUAUUUACAUGUAUCUAUAAACAUUUCCAAUUUACAGAUGUGCCCAGAAGUUCGCCUUUUCCAUCUCGUCCUAAAUUUGUUCCAGGCCACCGAAAAUCUGCCAGCCUCGGAACAUGGUAGGUUUGCUGUUUUGAGUUAGGAUGUAACCUCCCCCCACCCCCCACCCCACUUUUUUUACCGGGUGUAUUUCAGAGUACUAGCCCGCUGUUUUUCUCUAAUGCUUGCCCUGUUCGCUCACCUGCAAUGUAUCAUAAUACUACGUAUGUUUUAAAGACUUGGGACUCAGUGUCCGGAAGUAAAGAAGGGAUUAUGCAAGAGAGGGAAAGAUAGAGAAAUUGUAUAAGAGAUACAUAGUACUGUGGGUGCCAGAGCCCUUUCAUAAGCGGUUUCCGGUUUCAGUCAAGUCUUUAAAGUGAAGUGAUUUCGCGCGGCUUCUCCACUCGAAGCGAAGCAUUUGAAGAAUCUCGCUGUACGCGAGAAAAAUUCUCUGGUAUCCAGGGUAGGUCCAUAGCAGCUUCUAUUUUAAAGCAAAUUUGAAUUGUUCGCCAUCUCGGGAUGUAGGUCGAAAAAAUUGGUGUUAGUUUUAUUACUGUUGGUAUUUUUCCAAAUGUAUAUCCCGUAAACUACAAAAUAAUUAUGCCAAUUCACUGUAGGGUAACUGCUUCCAAAAGCCUGGUAUUGCAAACUUCAUAAAUAUUGUCGAUCUUUAUAUUUUAGUAUAGUGAUGUUUGGCGGUGACCUUUCGUCGACGGAGUCUUUGAGGUAAGAUACUUUGCAACAAGCAAAGCAGUGCUAAUAUAGCAAAGAUGGCCCUAAAGCAAGCUGUUCGAUGUUGUGCAUGAAACUGGGGCUAAAUUCGUCUUUCAAAAUAGACCCAUCGUCCAAUUCAACAUAACCCUUGACUCAUGUAAAGUUUUCUUGUACAGGAACGUGUAACUGGUGCUUAGAAAGUUGUUUUCAUCCUUAAAUUUAAGAUCCAGUUAUGACAACUUAACAGUAGGGAGAUAAAAAGAACGUAGAGGGUACGCCAUAGUACAGUGCUGAAUUUUACCAACUUUUAUAUAAGUACCUUCCGAAGUAGCGCUUAAACUUGACUAUGGAUUUUGAACAGAUAUUUGAGUACAAAUGAGACGAAUGAAAUAAAGGUUUUCCUGAAAACUCCUGUCGAGAUUUAAAAUUUUAAUCCUGGAAUAGCGAGUAUCGGCCUUCUUCAGUGUGCAAUGAAACUACUUAUAUUAUGUCGGCACGAGGGGCUAAAAUGGGCGGGGCCUCUAUUUAUCAAGAUCUUAUUUCCAACCAUGGCUAUUCGGCGACACUUCUCUUUCACGACUGUAAGUCUCAUUUUCGUUGAUUUGCAGUUACAGUAUAGCGAGCAGUACUGGGUCACGCAAUCUUUUGGAUGACAGCAUGGUUAUUGAUGAAAGAAAGGCCUCUCUUGGUGAGUGCCUUAAGGCAAGCGUCAAGAAAAUUAAGAUCAUUACUAGGGUCCAUGUAGAGAGGAUUUGUCAUUUAACUAAACUAAGGCCCGGUUCAGACUCCGAACUUUUCAUGAGCCAAACCUAAUACAUUGAAUUAAGUGCGUGAAAUCAGUUAGGGGCGCCUGUUUCAAUUUGGAACGACUCAGCCGUUUUUUUCGCCUAGCCAGGCCGGGAGUUUCGCCUUUGGAGCGACUUUUGAACGGCUUUGAUUCAGACGUCGAACUUUUCAUGUACUGAACUUAAUGCAUAAAUUAUUAUAACGUAGUUUGUAAGCAACUUGACGGAAAUGAGCAUUUUGGCCUUUUGAACUUAGUUCAACUGCAAUUAAGAUCGGCGUCUGAAUCAAUUUAGCCGGUCUAAAUAAUUUGGGUCGGCCUUAAUUCGAAUUACCUUCGGCUCAUGAAAAGAACAGCGUCUGAACCGGGCCUAAGUCUUUUUUGCACUUUGUUCUUGUCCCCAGGAAAUCUGACCAGAUCAGACUCGACUAUUGACAGGCACAGGUAAAUUUCUUUUUUAUUACCGUCCCACUUUUCAGUUACGCUCUUACUGUAAACUGUGGGCAUCACUGUUUAGUUUAGCCUGCACCUCAGCCGAAACUAAACCUCUGUUCGGGGUUAGUUCACAUCAGUAACGCAGGCUUUGUUUCUGAAACAGCCACCUGAAUUUUUGAAAAGGAGGCUUUUCAAGCGAGAAGUCAGCUGUUUAGAAACGAAGGUUGCUAUUUAAGGGAAAGGGCCCGGUGUGGGGACGCUUUUAAAGCUUAUAUAAGUUCUUAUUCAUAGAAGUACAAUUAAACAUUACACAUAAUACUUCAUUGUUGAUUCGCUUGUACGAUUUUCCAUUCAUUUUUCACUUCCUAACUUAAAAUGUCUCCUUUCAGAGCAUUUUUUCAAGUGCUUGAUUUAUUUUUCUCCCACUCUCUUUUUCUAUAUAGUAUCGUCAGCGAUGCUAGUAGCACAGAGUUGAGCCAGUAUUCAUCGGAACACGACUUUGUUGUCGAAGGUAAUCAGUUGACUCAAACCUUAAUAUAAAUAUAUCUCUUUUUUGGCAAGCAUAACCAACUUUAAUCCGCAUGUGAAGUCUCCGGGUAUGUGUGCUACAUUAAAAAAUCUGGAAAAUUAUUGAACAUUGCGAUUUCACCUUUUAUUAAGAUCUAAGAAAAUUUGUAAUUAUUCAGUUACCUGGAAGUGUUAGCGAAAAUAAGGCAAGUUUUUAUGGUAGUGUGAGCAUCACUUCUUUCAUGAGGGUCGUAAAAAACCUGAAAUGAAUUUAUUUCUCAUAGAAAAUAAGAACAGGAAAGGUGACUUGUUUUUCAUCUCAUCCUGUAAAACCUUCGGGAAUUGUAAACCUCGCUUCACAGACACCUCAUUAUAACGGACAGUUUGCUUUGCUUUUCCCUGAGGAAAGAAACCCCUACAUUACUCUAAAUUCAACCCGCUUAGGGUCCGUUUGCAUGGAGGAGGGGGACCCCAGGUAGGUGGAGUAACCCGCUUAGGUGGGGUAACCUGCCUGUUCAUAUAAUUUCUCAUUUUAGUUUGAUCACGUUUACAUGGUAGGUGGGGUGACCCACCCACCCCAUCCUCUGUGUAAACAGGCCCUUAAUGCGGACAGUUUCCAAGGCCCCCUUGUGUCCCGUACUAACGGGGUUUUACUCGGUAUCUUGGAAUUUUUCUUUAGGGUUCGUCAAAAGAAAGAAAAUAUUAAAAGAAGGCAAAAAGCUGGCGGUGAGUUGGUAUAUAAUACUAAGCAGAAAAUAAUUCAACUGAAGCUACAUUUUUGCUUCGUAAAAUUGUUUCCUUAUCCCCGUUAUCUCCCAAACAAACGAGUAAUUAUAAUAAUGAGCUUCGCUGCUCUUUCAUUGUAGGUGUCAUCGUGGCAAAAGUUCUGGGUGGGUCUUUGUGGAAACUGGCUUCAUUUUUUCCUUCCCAAGCACAGAACCUUUGGAAGACGGGACAGAGCCGCUGUAAGUUGUACUUAAACAUUCUUGAUAGUCUACUUAUUUCUGUAACGAAAAAUGUUAUAAAAGUACGACUAGUCAUUGUCCUCAAGGAUAGAGAGCACUCAAAAUACGCGAGCGCACGUGAAAGGCGGCACUCGAGGGCAAGAUAGGUUCUCUCUUCUCUCUUUUGCGUGUCGCCUUCCUCGCGCGCAGAAAUUUUCAUGCAUUCUUGUGAACUUUGCUCGCUCUAUUAAGGUUGGUUUCCAUGCACUGUCGCGUAAUGUUUUUGUGCAUAUGCACGUGAACAAAAUAGAGGCAAUGUGUAAAGUGUCGCGCGUGAACGUAAAAGGUGAGCGAGGUUCAACUUUUACGUUUACGCACGACCUUUCAUAUAUGACCUCUGUUUCAUUUACGCGCAUAAAUUAAAUUUUACGCGGGUACGCACGUAAAAAUUACGCGACAGUGGAAAUCCACCCUUAUUCGUCAGGGAAAUGAGUGACUAGUCGAAGUCUAGAGAUUUGUUCAUCGACAAUGGUGGUUUAGGUAUGAUAGUUUCCAUCUAUCGUUUGCCUCACGAAAGUCUCAUUGUCUUGACACCUUCCUAUUGGUCCGUGCAGGGUGACUUUGCCCUUUGGAUUUGUGGGAUUAUUAGCAGCACCUUCCUGUUUUAAGUACUAGAAGCUGUUCUCUAGACGAUCCGCUGUGGUUCCAAUCAGGCUCAAUCACCUGAGGUAAAACAACAGAAAGUGGUCAAAGCGUCACCAUCGACAACAAAGUAACGAUCGUAAAACACGAUGAACGAACUCCAUCUCCUCCUCCGUUUUUUUCCCCUUUAACUUCCCUACCUUAUUGUCCCUGAUCUCAUUUCUGUUUUCUUUGGUUGGUCUUGUUUUUUGUAGUUUAGAAGACAGGCUCACAAGAUGGUGAAUAUUACUAACUUCACGGUUGUUUUGCUGGAAGAUCCUCGUCACCAGGACACGUUUCAACUCACAGACGACACCAGAGGUGAGAUGACGAACAGUGAGUCAGUGUUAGUUGUUGUUACGGCGGUUCCGUGAUUAAUUUACUCUUUGGCUCUUAGGAGUUCAAAUGCAGAAAUUUACUGGACAAUUGCAGGACUGUCACUAAGAUUUUAAGUUGACGGGCACAUGUAGUUAAUAGGCGGGGGAUUGAAAAGCUAGGAAGUUCUUUUGGUUCCAUUUUCCUUUUGCUUCCUAUGGAAGAAGCCGGAGGUAGUGCUUAUAAUGCGACUGAAAUAAAAAUAUUGAAUUUUAUUUGUAAAAUACUAAAGAACUAACACUGUAGCACUUUGUGAAAGAAUGAGAGCAUUGGAUUAAAUAGUCAAUCGUAUAAGAAUUUCACAGAUCUGGAACAGCGCAACGCAAUUGACCACUCCAGAAAAUACCAUAACAUACCAUAAUGCUCUUUGUUUGUCACCCCAAAAUUUUGCAUAAGCAUUGUCUUCAGUUUCUCUUGGGAGUUAAAAUGGCCCCAAGAGAAACUGAAAACAAUGCUAAUGCAAAAUUUUGGGGUGAUAAACAAAGAGCAUUAUGGUAUGUUAUGGUAUUUCUGGAGUGGUCAAUUGACUUUCAAGGUGAAGGAGCCCCCCUCCCCACCCCUCACGUGUAUACACGUGGUGGCGUGGUGAGUCAAAGGGUAGGAUUCUUGGCUAUUUCCCUUUAAAAGGCUUUCCCCUAUAAAAUCCAACUUAAGUGUGAGAUGCCAAAAAGCGGAUGUUAUUUGACAGAAACUUGACUCAGUACUGAGAGAUAUCUCAGGUAUGGUUUGAGUACGUCUCGUGCUAAUAUAACUUUGUGUUGGGGAAAUGCAAAACCACCGUAAAAUCGAUCAAGGUUUGUUUUCCUGCGUCUAUUUUGUUCACAGGAAACGCAUACAAGUUUAAGGUAGGAUCUCAGUCUGCUGCUCUGACGUGGUACACAUAUGUGAGGCAAGCUGCUAAGGAGAAACCAGACCAGACGGUAAGUCUUACUAAUUUUGCAAAUUGGCCGCAAGAAGGCACCACGCCCAAGCCCCUUCUUUCGUUUAUAGCUUUCUCGCGGUAGACAAGCGUUCGUCUCCCACGAAAAAACUGAACUUUAUUUGAGUUAGCACUGAAGAAUUAAUCAAGGACACUAUCGGGGCCGCCAUUUUACGUGGUCAUGCGAGUUACGCGAAGGUCUAACUGUUUGCAGGGCAAAGUCAGUACCUUCAUUUCUCAGUUAUUUUAAGACCUUGAGUAUUGGUCCGGCCCCAGGAAUCGAAGACGUGACAUCCCGCAUUGCAGGCAAGCGCUCUACCUACAAAGCUAGUAGUGACACGCGUUUAUGUAUACAGCUUUACAUUUUAUGGCUUCUUAUUUCUCUAUGACAUUCAAUUUGAACUCUUCCAUAUUUCUGGGACACUCCGUGCCGUCCACUGCUUCACUUUUUGGCGAUUGAAAAGACUCGUCAUUUUGUAUGUUCAAAAGCAUCAAUGCGUGGGUGGAACCCGAGCUGGAAUCUCAUGCUUGUACAGUUACUGAACAUGUUUGCCCUUUUUUACUUCCAUUAUAGGUUCCACAGAACUUAAUUACAUUUGAAGAAAGCGAAGAACAACAAAGCUAACAGUAGCUCUAAGGAUGAAUGGAAAAUCCUACGCUCAGAGAAAGUGAGAUAAAAAGAAUGCUCCAGAGAGAUUACGGAAAAAGGAGGCAAAGGAGUCGGGCAUUGCCACAUGGGAUUAUCAAAGGCAUUUCUGUCAGCAGACACAUAGUUCCCGUGAUAACUGGUGAUUUGUAUCUACCAAAUACGGCUUUAAACAAAGAAUUUUUUGCGUCGGAGCCCUGACGCCAGAGAAGACAUUCAAUCAAGUCUGCACAGCUUAUUUAUUACCUCGUACUACAUCACAAAUGAGAGGAUUUUAGUGUGUUGCGCAGAUAUUUUGGUUAACCAGUGCCGCUUGAGGAUUCCCGAGCGGAGGGAAACGAGUUUCAGUCUUAAACUUACGUUAGCUGGGCUGAUUUGGAAACUUUAUUUGGCUAAGGAGUUUUAAAGUUUUUACGCUGCGUUUGAUUUGGUGGACUCGCCAGUUAACCGUAGCGCAGUUUGUGUUGUAGUCUCUAGACAAUAAUGGAAGACCUGUGUGGUCAUUGUGUAAAAAUUAAUAGCGAAAACAAAGUAUUGAAACCGGGGCGUAGCUAACAAGAGGCGAGACUUAGCACUAGUCUAAUCAAGACUUUAACUUGGCCUGAUUACCGGCCGCUGUUCGGGAAAUGAGUUCCUAAAACGAUCAUUAUACGUUUGUGGGAAACUGCCCAUCUACCCCUCCCCUAAGCCAACAUUUUGCCCUAGGUGAGUAGUAAGUGUUAAUAUUGGCCUAGGGGAGGGUUAGGUGGGCAGUUUCCCGUAGAACGUUUAAUGAGCCAUAAUCCCCCAUUAGUGAGAUUGAUGUUUAUGAGGAAAUACCUUAUGAUCAAUGCUGAAAAUAGCCUCUCAGAGUUUUUAGAUUCAAGAUUGUCUGGGAGCCUCCAGACUCACCUAGCAGCUCGCGCCUUCAAUGUUCGCAUAUCUUGCCUCGUCUAUGAGGUCUAGCCACCGCUCUGGAAACAUUUGUUUGUUAAAAAACUUACAUCACUAGUUCAUUGCGUUAAACUGCAUUCAUAGCUAUUUCUUGAAGAUUUUAUUUAUGACUUUCAAUUCAGACGUUUUAUAUAUGAGGACCCAUUUCAGUGCAAACGGAAAUUUCCAAAAUGAUGGGUUAUGAAUUGUCUUAUUUAUAUUUUAGGGGUACACUGAUUUAAAUGAUCUGAUUCCUCUAUUUGCAAAUACAUGCUUGCGAGUCACUGAUGUAAUGUGCGGUCGUCCCGUUUUAUAGGCAUGGAGAUGCCGAAGAGGAAGGGCAGU